AUUCAACAUCCGGUUUGAUUGGCGCCAAACUUGUCAAGUUAAUCAUGAAGUCUAGUUUGUCUGCCUUUUACUUCAGUGGACAAACAGCACGCUUCUGUUGUUAAUAUUCUUCUACUUUGAGAAACCGGACCGCUUUAAGCCACCCCGACUCACUACGUUUGCUGACCAUGAAUUGUGAACUUCUGGCAACAUGCACCGCUCUGGGAUACCUGGAAGGAGACAUUUAUCACAAAGAAGUAGAUUGUUUGGAGAGCGUGAAAGACCUGAUCAGGUACCUGCGCCAUGAGGACGACACGCGUGACGUGCGCCAGCAGCUGGGCGAGGGCCACAUUGUGGAACAUGACCUUCUGCCUCUCAUCACUCAGCACGGGCAAGACAAGGCCUUGUUUGAUGCCUGCAUAAGGCUCAUGGUCAAUCUAACUCAACCUGCCAUGCUUUGCUUCGGCAAAGUUCCCGAUGACCCGGUGUUCAGACACCACUUCCUGCAAGUGACCUCUCAUUUACAAGCCUACAAAGAGGCAUUUUCUAGUGAGAAGGUGUUUGGCAUUUUAAGUGAGACACUCUACAACCUGUUACAACUGGAGUGGGAGCAGAGAGAGGAGGAAGACAACCUUCUGAUUGAGAGAAUUCUGCUUCUGGUCCGGAAUGUUCUUCACGUGCCUGCAGAUCCUUUAGAGGAGAAGAAAGUGGACGAUGACGCCAGUGUCCACGACCGGCUGCUUUGGGCCAUUCACAUGAGCGGCUUUGACGACCUGGUCAAGUUCUUGGCCUCGGCCCAGAGUGAGCAGCAGUGGAGCAUGCACGUGUUGGAAAUCAUUUCCCUCAUGUUCAGAGACCAGACACCUGACACCUUGGUGAGUGCCGGGCACGCUCGCUCUGCAGAGGAGAAGCAGAGAGACACCUCGGAGCUGGAGCUGCUGAGGCAGAAGGAGCAGGCGGAGAAACGAUCUCGUACGCUGCAAAGAGGAAGCAGACAUUCCCGAUUUGGUGGCUCUUUUGUGGUGAAAGGCCUGAAGGCCAUCGGAGACAACGAUAUGAUUUAUCACAGAAAUGUUACCAACUUCAAAAACUACACCCACGACCUCGGUAAAGCUGUGAGACGCGUCCCUCGGCGAAACAGACAAGCCCAGGAAAACAUGGACAAACGGCGCUCAGCUUUCAACGUCCGACUCUUCCUGCGAGAGUUUUGCGUGGACUUCUUGGAGAACUGCUACAACCGUCUCAUGUACCUUGUCAAGGAGAGUCUGAUUCGGGAGCAGAGCCAGCAGCACGACGAGACCUACUACCUGUGGGCGCUCAGCUUCUUCAUGGCCUUCAACCGUGGCAACGCCUUCCGUGCCGAUUUAGUUUCCGAGACCAUGUCCAGUCGCGCGUUCCAUUUCAUUGAGCGCAACAUCACCAACUACUACGAGAUGAUGCUGACCGACCGCAAGGAGGCCACGUCCUGGUCCCGCAGGAUGCACCUGGCGCUGAAGGCAUACCAGGAGCUGCUGCUCACCGUUAAUGAGAUGGACCGAUCACACGACGGAAGCAUCCGUCACAGUGCCAAUGUUAUCAAAAGUAACAUAUUCUACCUGAUGGAAUACCGGGAGAUAUUCCUGACCUUGCUACGAAAGUAUGAUGAGACCAAACAGCCGCAGUCCUACCUCCAAGACCUGGUGGAGUCCACUCACCUCUUCCUGCGCAUGCUGGAGCGCUUCAGCAAGGGUCGCAAGAACUUGAUCGUGCAGAAAAAACGUGCAAAGCGGAAAAAGGCCAAAGGAGCCGCAAGCCAGCCAGCCGUAGACCGCAGCCCUGAAGCUCUGGCAGAAACCUGGAAGAUCGUGGAGGAAGAGCUGAGGGGAAUACAUUUCAAGCCGUCGCAAUCUUUGACCGAGGGCACCGUGCCUUUCGACGCCUCGUCCGAAACGCCGCUGGAGGAGCAGCGGACUGAGUCCAUGGUGCGUGUGCAGGACGCUCUCCUGGCGCGGCUGGGACCGGAGGCUUUGGCGCUCCUGCGGGCGGCCAGGGAGGUGUGGCCCGAGGGAGACGUCUUCGGCUCGGCUGACGUGGACCCCGAAGAGGAGCUGGAACUCCUCAAGCAGAUCUUGCACGCCGACCUGCCAAGGCCCGCGCCGCCCGAGACUCAAGCGGAGGAGGACGAGGAUGAGGAUGCUGCGCUGAUGGAGGAGGAAGAGGAGCUGCAAGCCGUCCAGGUUUCUGAAACCGAGUUCAAGUUCCUGGAUUUUAUCAAAAAGUUCGCCAACCCCGGCAUCAUACGGCCAUACCUGCUCUUGCUCAGAUCCUACGCCAAAAACACUCCUCACACCAACCACUGCGUGGUUCGGAUGCUCCACCGCGUGGCCGUCGACCUCAAAAUGGACGCCCUGCUCUACCAGCUCUCCGUCUUCCAUCUCUUCAACAAGAUCCUGAGCGACGCCGCCGCGUCGGCUUACAAGGAGCUGCUCACCUUCGCCAAGUACGUGCUGAGACGUUUCUUCACGCUGGCUGCCACCAACAACAAGGCCUACGUGGAGCUCUUGUUCUGGAAGAAUGUCGGCGCCGUGCGGGAGAUGACUGAAGGCUACGGCCCAGACGGAGCGGAGAAGAAGCCCGCAUGGACGGAGGAGGAAGAGCAGGAGCUGCGCACGCUCUAUGAAGAGCACCGCCACUCCGAAGUACCUGACAUUGUGGAGACGCUGUUGCCGUUGCUAAGCAACAGCACGCGCACACGGAGGCAGGUGGUGACGCAGCUGGUGCACAUGGGUCUGGUGGACAGCGCCAAGCAGCUGAAGAAACCCAAGAAAGGUACGGGGAUCGUUCUUUGGACGCAGGAGCAAGAAGAUGAGUUACAGAUGCUCUACGCGGAAUACAAAGACUCUGACGAUGCACUGGGCGACAUCCUGAAGAAGCUCACGGCCAGGCGCUCCCGCGCACGUGUGGUGGACAAGCUGCUCAGUCUGGGCCUGAUCUCCGAGAGACGAGAACUGAACAAGAAGAAGAAGAGUCGUGGCGCUCGUCCGAAGAGUUCCGGCAGCGGAAUGACCGAGGAGGAUUUCUUAGCGGGACUCACGCAGGACUCUCCGGGUGAUGGUACGAACCGGGAGGACGAAGAGCAUGAAUCCGAAGAGAGUGAGGGAGACGAGGAGAUGGAAGAAAGACGGGAUGGCGACAGGAGGAACCGGAGCUUUGUGUCUAAAGGGCACGGGGGAGCUGACGUCGUCGCCAUGGUGACUGCGCUGCAUCAGGGAGGCAUGUCUUUAGCCCUCGCAUGGUUGCAACGCUGCCUGGAAAAAACUGCACGGGACCGCAUUGCAGACGGUUUCUCCCAGCCGGCGCCUCUAGUCCCUUUGAACGAGGAAAGCGAUGAGGCCAUGGAGGACUCCAGCUUCCUGAGGCUGCUGCGCAAACUGGGCAUGCGACCCCCUGCAAAUGAACAGGAGGCGUUUUGGAGAAUCCCGGAAAAGAUCAGCGCAUCUCAGCUCCAGAGUGCGGCCGCAUCUCUGCGUCCAAAUCAAGGGGAGUCCCGAAGUGAAGGGGUCUCUGAGGAAGAUGUUGUUCCAGCUGAAGAACCUCAGGUCUCUGAUGAAGAUGCAGCCAUUCCUGAGGAUGUGGACAGCUCAUUUGAGAGGCCCCUAGAGAAGAUGGCGAAAAGAAGCAGAGUGAUGGAUGAGGAGGAUGAGGACGACUGCUCCGCUCUGGUCAUCAAUCUGGAGACGCAUUCUGACGCAGAUUCGGACCAGGAGGACAUUUCUGCUCCUGUGAAGCGCCGGCGGAAGAUGGUGUUGAUUGAUGAGGAGGAUGAUGAUGAUGAUUAGUAGACCUGUGAACAUUCCCACAAAAAGUCGUUCUUUUCAGAGGCGUAGGUGAGUCUAAUCCAGGCCUGGGCAAUUAUUUGGACUCGGAGGGGCCAAAUUUAGGGAAAAAAAAUGAGUCUGGGGGCCGAAAUAUCUGAUUUUUAGGAACAUUAAUACAAAACCUCACAAUAAUGUCUGAUUGAAUGCUAAAAAAUUUAUGAAAGACUGCCUUAAAAAUGGAAUUUCAAAUGUUUGACUGAAUGAGACACCUAGAAAGAAUAUUAACUAUGAAGAAUAAAACACUGAAUAUUGACAACAUAUGAACAUCACACUCCCUUUCCAUCCACAUGUUUUACAAACAAGCAAAACACAACAAAAAUGCCAUAAACACAGCGAAAUAUGAAUGUGAAGGGUAAAAAAAAACAUCUACAAUCUGAUAUAUCACUAAGCUUUAGAACUUUGUUGUGAAAAUGUCCUUCCACGUCUGUCCCUGACACCCACAUUUCAGGUUAGCUGCUCUGGAAACACUCUGUGGAAAUACUGUUUGGUGCCUCGUCUGAGCUGCUGUGACGUAGAUGACUAUAGUAACUAAUUAGAUGACCAUAGUAACUAAUUAGAUGACCAUAGUAACUAUUUAGAUGACCAUAGUAACUAAUUAGAUGACCAUAGUAACCAAUUAGAGGACCAUAGUAACUAAUUAGAUGACCAUAGUAACUAAUUAGAUGACCAUAGUAACUAUUUAGAUGACCAUAGUAACUAAUUAGAUGACCAUAGUAACCAAUUAGAGGACCAUAGUAACUAAUUAGAUGACCAUAGUAACCAAUUAGAGGACCAUAGUAACUAAUUAGAUGACCAUAGUAACCAAUUAAAGGACCAUAGUAACCAAUUAGAGAACCAUAGUAACCAAUUAGAUGACCAUAGUAACUAAUUAGAUGACCAUAGUAACAUCUGAGCUGCUGUGACGUAGAUUACCAUAGUAACUAAUUAGAGAACCAUAGUAACCAAUUAGAGGACCAUAGUAACUAAUUAGAGGACCGUAGUAACUAAUUAGAGGACCAUAGUAACUAAUUAGAUGACCAUAGUAACUAAUUAGAGAACCAUAGUAACCAAUUAGAGGACCACAGUAACUAAUUAGAGGACCGUAGUAACUAAUUAGAGGACCAUAGUAACUAAUUAGAGGACCAUAGUAACUAAUUAGAGGACCAUAGUAACUAAUUAGAUGACCAUAGUAACUAAAUAGAUGACAAUAGUAACUAAUUAGAUGACCAUAAUAACUAAUUAGAUGACCAUAGUAACUAAUUAGAUGACAAUAGUAACUAAUUAGAUGACCAUAGUAACUAAAUAGAUGACAAUAGUAACUAAUUAGAUGACCAUAGUAACUAAUUAGAUGACCAUAGUAACUAAAUAGAUGACAAUAGUAACUAAUUAGAUGACCAUAAUAACUAAUUAGAUGACCAUAGUAACUAAAUAGAUGACAAUAGUAACUAAAUAGAUAACCAUAGUAACUAAAUAGAUGACCAUAGCAACUAAUUAGAUGACCAUAGUAACUAAUUAGAUGACCAUAGUAACUAAAUAGAUGACAAUAGCAACUAAUUAGAUGAGCAUAGUAACUAAUUAGAUGACAAUAGUAACUAAUUAGAUGAGCAUAGUAACUAAUUAGAUGACAAUAGUAACUAAUUAGAUGACCAUAGUAACUAAUUAGAUGACCAUAGUAACUAAAUAGAUGACCAUAGUAACUAAUUAGAUGACCAUAGUAACUAAAUAGAUGACCAUAGUAACUAAUUAGAUGACCAUAGUAACUAAUUAGAUGACCAUAGUAACUAAUUAGAUGACCAUAGUAACCAAUUAGAGGACCAUAGUAACUAAUUAGAUGACCAUAGUAACUAAUUAGAUGAUCAUAGUAACUAAUUAGAUGAUCAUAGUAACUAAUUAGAUGACCAUAGUAACUAAUUAGAUGACCAUAGUAACUAAAUAGAUGACAAAAGUAACUAAUUAGAUGACCAUAGUAACUAAAUAGAUGACCAUAGUAACUAAUUAGAUGACCAUAGUAACUAAAUAGAUGACAAUAGUAACUAAUUAGAUGAGCAUAGUAACUAAUUAGAUGACCAUAGUAACUAAUUAGAUGACCCUAGUGACUAAUUUGAUGAGCAUAGUAACUAAUUAGAUCACCAUAGUAACUAAAUAGAUGACAAAAGUAACUAAUUAGAUGACCAUAGUAACUAAAUAGAUGACCAUAGUAACUAAUUAGAUGACCAUAGUAACUAAAUAGAUGACAAUAGUAACUAAUUAGAUGAGCAUAGUAACUAAUUAGAUGACCAUAGUAACUAAUUAGAUGACCCUAGUGACUAAUUUGAUGAGCAUAGUAACUAAUUAGAUGACAAUAGUAACUAAUUAGAUGACCAUAGUAACUAAUUAGAUGACCAUAGUAACUAAAUAGAUGACUAUAGUAACUAAUUAGAUGACCAUAGUAACUAAUUAGAUGACAAUAGUAACUAAUUAGAUGACCAUAGUAACUAAAUAGAUGACCAUAGUAACUAAUUAGAUGACCAUAGUAACUAAUUAGAUGACCAUAGUAACUAAUUAGAUGACAAUAGUAACUAAUUAGAUGACCAUAGUAACUAAUUAGAUGACCAUAGUAACUAAAUAGAUGACCAUAGCAACUAAUUAGAUGACCAUAGUAACUAAUUAGAUGACCAUAGUAACUAAAUAGAUGACAAUAGCAACUAAUUAGAUGAGCAUAGUAACUAAUUAGAUGACAAUAGUAACUAAUUAGAUGACCAUAGUAACUAAUUAGAUGACCAUAGUAACUAAUUAGUUGACCAUUAGUAACUAAUUAGUUGACCAUAGUAACUAAUUAGAUGACCAUAGUAACUAAUUAGAUGACCAUAGUAACUAAUUAUAUGACCAUAGUAACUAAUUAGAUGACCAUAGUAACUAAUUAGAUGACCAUAGUAACUAAUUAGAUGGCCAUAGUAACUAAUUAGAUGGCCAUAGUAACUAAUUAGAUGACCAUAGUAACUAAUUAGAUGACCAUAGUAACUAAUUAGUUGACCAUAGUAACUAGUUUAUCAUGCAAAAGCACACAGAUUCCAAGCAUGGAAAUACUUGGUAUAGUUGGAGACUUACUGAAGGUCAUUAAAAAACAUGACUUCACAUCAUAAUGGCAGCUACACUUUACAUCUUAAAGAUCUAAAAAAAAAUAUUUGGGAAUAUCCGGGGGUCCAGACUGAAACACUUAACGGCCCUCAUGCGACCCCAGACCUUAAUUUGCCCAGGUCUGGUCUAAUCAAACAUACUCGGCCCUUUUUAAUUGUGUACAAAUAUAUUUCAUUUGUUGCUCUUUUCUCCUUAUCAAGCUAAAGAUGCAGGAGUCUUCUCAUGUAUCCCAAAUCUGAAAGCCCCUCUUCCGUUUCUGUAAUAAAAGUUUGUCAAUGUAA